UUCUCCAGCAUGUUUGAGCUAUCCAGCACAAGCAAGAGCCCUAGCUGACCCUUGAAGAGAAACUAAGUGAUCAGUUGGAUCUGUCUGGAAAAUGGGUUCUAAGAGUGUUGCCCUAGUUCUGUCCUUGAACCUCCUUUUGCUUUCCAUGGUUAGCGCCAAUGAACCUGUCCCUGUGCCUGCAGUCUCCAACAAGAAACAGUGUCCCCUGUUGAGUAUUUGUUUGUUGCCCCCUUUACUAGGAGGCAAACGCUGCUGCCCCCUCAUCCAGGGUCUUAUUGACCUUGACGCCGCCGUGUGCCUUUGCGCCGCCGUCGACUCCGGCAUCGGCCGAGCAAUCGGCCUUAAUCUAGACAUUCUCGUCAACCUAAUAUUGAACACCUGUGGACGCAAACUGAAAAACUACAAAUGCAGUUAAUAAUAUCACAUCCAUCAUCUUAUUCUCUUCUGUUACUUUGUAUUGUAUGCUCCUGUUUAAUGCUAGUUGAAAUUGAAUAAUACUAUGCAAAUACAAUACUGGUCGCUGUUCUCGUGAAUCGGUGCCUUAUAAUUA